CGCAACUCACUGUUGGGUCCAAAGUUCAGCUCGGGUCCAAGUAUCAUGGUGAAGAUCAAGAGGAGCCUAUGGCUUCUCUUUGUUUUGGCUGUAGGGGUCCUUGCACGACCCGAUAGCGAAGAUGACCUGUCGGCUGCAUCAUCACAGUAUGCUGAGCUGCGUAGCGGCCGUGUAACAGAUGUAACAGCUGAAGCAGAUGUAACAUCUGAAGAUGUAACAGCUGAGGACUCAGACUCCGACGAGAGUCGAAUGUUCAACCCGAACGAGUUGAUCGGACUGCCGUUACCCUUAGAGUCGCUCCACAAAUGCCACUCGCAGGGUGAAAUGUAUUACGAGAGGAGAGGAGCCAUCUGUUUCGUCUGCGCCUGCUUCAGUUCAACUAUAGGCCUACUGUACUCCAAGUGCGUGGCCUGUGACCUGUGCGUAGAGGAACAUAAUGCGAUUCCAUUACCUCCUCUACCAGCUCCGCGAUUGACUUGGAGUCCUAAAUAUGAAUACAUUCCUAUACCCGCAAUAUCCCCACUUCUACCAUAUCCACAAAAAGACCUUCAUCCACCUCCUCCUCCACUACAGCCAGGACAGCCAGCUCCAGAACUAGCUCCUGAAGUAGCUCCAGAAGCUGGUCCACCGGCACCUCAUCUAGCGCCAUUCCAUAAACCAGAUGAAUUGCCAGAAAUAGCUCCGUUAGCCCCGGUAUCUGUGACAACUCAUUCAGAAGUAAUUAACAUAUCACCUCCUGAAGAGCUACCACCAUGGCAUCCAUGGCAUCCAUCUCCAUCGCCUCUACACCCAGCUCCAGAAAUAGCUCCAGGAGUUGCUCCACCGGCACCUUAUCCAGCGCCUUUCCCUGCACUACAUACUUCACCAGAGCAACAACCACCACAUCCAUCUCCAUCGCCUCAACAUCCAGAGCUACCUCCAUGGCAUCCAUGGCACCCAUCUCCAUCCCCUCAACAGCCAGAAUUACUUCCAUCGCCCCCACCGUCAACGCCAGAUCAUCCAGCGCCUUCCCCUGCACCACAAACGUCACCAGAGCAACAACCACAGCAUCCAUCUCCAUCGCCUCAACAUCCAGAGCUGCCACCGUGGCACCCGUGGCAUCCGUCUCUAUCGCCUCCCCAUCCAGAGCUGCCUCCAUGGCAUCCUUGGCAAUUGUCCCCAUUGCCUCCACCCCCAGCUCCAGAAAUAGCUACAGAAGCUGGUCCACCGGCGCCUCAUGAAGAGCAACAACCACAGCAUCCAUCUCCAUCGCCUCAACAUCCAGAGCUGCCACCGUGGCAUCCAUGGCAUCCAUCUCUAACACCUCCACAUCCAGAGCUGCCUCCAUGGCAUCCAUGGCAACUGUCUCCAUUCCCUCCACAUCCAGCUCCAGAAGUAGCUCCAGAAGCUGUUCCACCGGCACCUCAUCCAGCUCCAGAAGUAGCUCCAGAAGCUGGUCCACCGGCGCCUCAUCCAGAGCAACAACCAGAGCAACCAUCUCCACCGCCCUUACAUCCAGAGUUGCCUCCAUGGCAUCCAUUGAAUCAACCUCCAGCGCCUCUACGUCCAGAGCUACAACCAGAGCACCCAUCUCCAUCACCCCUACAACCAGCUCCAGAAGCUGGUCCACCGGCACCUCAUCCAGAGCAACAACCACAGCCUCCACCUCCAUCGCCUCAACAUCCAGAGCUACCUCCAUGGCAUCCAUGGCAACCAUCUCCAUCGCCUCUACACCCAGAGCUGCCUCCAUGGCAUCCAUGGCAUCCAUCUCCAUCGCCUCUACACCCAGCACCAGAAGUAGCUCCCGAAGCUGGUCCACCAGCACCUCACCCAGAACAACAACCAGAGCACCCAUCUCCAUCGCCUCUACAUCCAGAGCUGCCGCCAUGGCAUCCAUUGAACCAACCUGCAUCGCCUCUACACCCAGAAUUACUUCCAUCGCCCCCACCGUCACCGCCAGGUCACCCAGCUCCAGAAGUAGCUCCAGUAUCUGGUCCACCAGCACCUCAUCCAGAGCAACCACCAGAGCACCCAUCUCCAUCGCCCCUAUAUCCAGCUCCGGAAGUAGCUCCAGAAGCCGGUCCACCGGCGCCUCAUGAAGCACCUUACCCUAAACCUCAUCCAUCACCAGAGCAACAACCACAGCAUCCAUCUCCAUCGCCUCAACAUCCAGCACCAGAAGUAGCUCCCGAAGCAGGCCCACCGGCACCUCACCCAGAGCAACAACCAGAGCAACCAUCUCCACCGCCCUUACAUCCAGAGCUGCCUCCAUGGCAUCCAUGGAACCAACCUCCAACGCCUCUACACCCAGAAAUACUUCCGUCGCCCCCACCGUCACCGCCAGGUCACCCAGCUCCAGAAGUAUCUCCGGAAUUCGGUCCAUCGGCACCACCUCAUCCAGAGCUGCCUCCAUGGCAUCCAUGGCAUCCAUCUCCAUCGCCUCUACACCCAGCACCAGAAUUAGCUCCCGAAUCUAGUCCACCAGGACCUCAUGCAGAGCAACAACCAGAGCAACCAUCUCCACCGCCCUUACAUCCAGAGCUGCCUCCAUGGCAUCCAUUGAAUCAAUUACCAUCGCCUCUACACCCAGCUCCAGAAGUAGCUCCGGAAUACGGUCCACCGGCACCUCAUCCAGAGCAACAACCAGAGCAACCAUCUCCACCGCCCUUACAUCCAGAGCUGCCUCCAUGGCAUCCAUGGAAUCAAGCUCCAUCGCCUCUACACCCAGCUCCAGAAGUAGCUCCAGAAGCUGGUCCACCAGCACCUCAACCAGUACCUUACCCUGAACUACAUCCAUCACCAGAGCAACAACCACAGCAUCAUCCUCCAUCGCCUCAACAUCCAGAGCUGCCUCCAUGGCAUCCAUGGAAUCAAUCUCCAGCGCCUCUACACCCAGCACCAGAAGUAGCUCCCGAAGCUGGUCCACCGGCACCUUAUCCAGAGCAACAACCAGAGCAACCAUCUCCACCGCCCUUACAUCCAGAGCUGCCUCCAUGGCAUCCAUGGAACCAACCUCCAUCGCCUCUACACCCAGCUCCAGAAGUAGCUCCAGAAUUAGCUCCGGAAUACGGUCCACCGGCACCUCAUCCAGAGCAACAACCAGAGCAACCAUCUCCACCGCCCUUACAUCCAGAACUGCCUCCAUGGCAUCCAUCGAACCAACCUCCAUCGCCUCUACACCCAGAACAACAACCACCGCAUCCACCUCCAUCGCCUCAACGUCCAGAGCUGCCUCCAUGGCAUCCAUGGCACCCAUCUCCAUCGCCUCUACACCCAGCACCAGAAGUAGCUCCCGAAGCAGGCCCACCGGCACCUCACCCAGAGCAACAACCAGAGCAACCAUCUCCACCGCCCUUACAUCCAGAGCUGCCGCCAUGGCAUCCAUUGAAUCAAUCACCGUCGCCUCUACACCCAGCUCCAGAAGUAGCUCCGGAAUACGGUCCACCGGCACCGCCACAUCCAGAGCAACAACCAGAGCAACCAUCUCCACCGCCCUUACAUCCAGAGUUACCUCCAUGGCAUCCAUGGAAUCAAGCUCCAUUGCCUCUACACCCAGCUCCAGAAGUAGCUCCAGAAGCUGGUCCACCGGCACCUCAUCCAGUACCUUACCCUGAACUACAUCCAUCACCAGAGCUGCCUCCAUGGCAUCCAUGGCAUCCAUGGCAUCCAUCUCCAUCGCCUGUACAGCCAGCACCAGAAGUAGCUCCAGAAGCUGGUCCACCGGCACCUCAUCCAGAGCAACAACCAGAGCAACCAUCUCCACCGCCCUUACAUCCAGAGCUGCCUCCAUGGCAUCCAUUGAAUCAAACACCAUCGCCUCUACACCCAGCUCCAGAAGUAGCUCCAGAAGCUGGUCCACCGGCACCUCAUCCAGCGCCUUACCCUGAACUACAUCCAUCACCAGAACAACAACCACAGCAUCCACCUCCAUCGCCUCAACAUCCAGAGCUGCCUCCAUGGCAUCCAUGGAAUCAAUCUCCAUCGCCUUUACACCCAGCACCAGAAGUAGCUCCUGAAGCAGGUCCACCGGCACCUCAUCCAGAGCAACAACCAGAGCAACCAUCUCCACCGCCCUUACAUCCAGAGCUGCCUCCAUGGCAUCCAUGGAACCAACCUCCAUCGCCUCUACACCCAGCUCCAGAAGUAGCUCCAGAAGCUGCUCCACCGGCACCUCAUCCAGAGGAACAACCACCGCAUCCAUCUCCAUCGCCUCCACAUCCAGAGCUGCCUCCAUGGCAUCCAUGGAAUCAAUCUCCAUCGCCUCUACAUCCAGCUCCAGAAGUAGCUCCAGAAGCUGGUCCUCCGGGACCAUAUCCAGCUCCAGAAGUAGGUCCAGAAGCUGGUCCACCGGCACCUCAUCCAGCGCCUCCCGCUGAACCACACCCAUCACCAGCUCCGGAAGUAGCUCCAGAAGCUGGUCCACCGGCGCCUCAUCCAGAGCAUCAACCACAGCCUCCAUCUCCAUCGCCCCUACAUCCAGAGCUGGGCCCACCAUUCCGGUAUCUCUCAUCUAUCCAACCAGGAUACAUAUAUAAUGAGCCUGCACCUCAAGGAGUACCAGAGCAACCACAGCCUCAUCCUCCAGAAAUAGCUCCGCUAGCCCCGGUAUCUGUGACGACUCAUACAGAAGUAAUUAAUAUAUCACCUCCUCCUGAAGGACAUCUGAUCCCAAUAGUUCCACCAGUUCACCCAUUACCAGACGUUUCACCUACGGCUACUCCAGAUAUUCCGGCACCAUUGCCUCAUACAGAAGUAUUACCGGAGCCGCAGCCAGAACCAGAAAAUAUUACUCCACAACCGGCUCCAGUAAUUCCGAUACCAGCUCCACAGCCCCCUGCACCAGAACCAGCACCCGAGCCAGUUCCACAACCAUUGCCACCGCAGCCACUGCCUCUGCCUGUCCCACGAGGCUGGCCAUUACCUCCAAAACCAGCACCACAACCUGGACCGCAACCGGGACCGCAGCCGGGACCACAACCAGGACCACAACCGGGACCGCAGCCGGGACCACAACCGGGACCGCAGCCAGGACCGCAACCGGGACCACAACCAGGACCACAACCGGGACCACAGCCGGGACCACAACCGGGACCGAAACCAGGACCACAACCAGGACCACAACCAGGACCACAACCAGGACCCCAACCAGGACCACAACCAGGACCACAACCAGGACCUCAACCAGGACCUCAACCCGGACCUCAGCCUCCAGCACCGAAACCCUCACCUCAAGACCAAGUACUGUUCUGUCCACCUCCACUGUUUAUCCGUGGACCGCCACGUCCUUACCCAGUACCCGUACCGGUACCAGGUAAAAACAUAUUAGUGCCUGUACCUGUACCCGUACCAGUACCUGCUGACAAGAUCUACAUUUCGAACAGGCCGUAUUCUGUACCGCAACUACCUAAGAUAGUACCAGUUCCGGUACCUAGCAAGGACAAACUUGUACCAGUGCCAGUACCCGUACCAGUACCUGGAGCGACAAAGUUCUACCCAGUGCCCGUCGUCCUCUACGUAGCCCCUGAGUGCAAACAUCAUCAACCUCUGGUACCAUUCUACGUUCCAUCCGAGCCGUGCGUAAUCCACGUGUGUAAGAUCGUCUACAACUACGUCUUUAUUGAGACCAGCCAUGACAGUAAUUGCAUUGGUAAACCAAAAGGACCUGGUUGGAGCACAGCUGGUGCCUCAGCAAACGCAAUAAGUACAGGUGGAUCAUCUACGGCCGAAGCUAAUGCUAACGCUAACACCGGUCUGUCACCUGUUGUCAAAUACGGACCCUACAAUUUAUAUUCCAGUGGUCCCAGUGCAUCGGCUGAUGCUUCAGCUACUACUGGAGGUUGGAACGGAAAUACUUACUCAGGAUCAAAUGCAAACGCUAACGCUGUAGCAAAUACCGGCGCACCGUUGAGUUACGGAGGAGAUUACUCUAAUGCUAAUGCUCAAGCAACUGCUAAUACAGGUCCUACUUAUGGAGGUGCAUAUAGUAUAGCUGAAGCUCAAGCAACCGCUAAUACAGCGCCCGCUUACGGAGGUGGAUACAGUAUCGCUGAUGCUCAAGCCACCGCUAAUGCUGGACCUGGUUACGGAGGUGGAUACAGCAUCGCUGAUGCUCAAGCCACCGCUAAUGCUAGACCUGGUUACGGAGGUGGAUACAGCAUCGCUGACGCUCAAGCAACCGCUAAUGCUGGACCUGGUUACGGAGGUGGAUACAGCAUCGCUGACGCUCAAGCAACCGCUAAUGCUGGACCUGGUUAUGGAGGUGGAUAUAGCAUCGCUGAUGCUCAAGCAACUGCUAACUCUGGAUCUGGUUAUGGAGGUGGAUACACUAUCGCUGAUGCUCAAGCAACCGCUAAUGCUGGACCUGGUUAUGGAGGUGGAUACACUAUCGCUGAUGCUCAAGCAACCGCUAAUGCUGGACCUGGUUACGGAGGUGGAUACAGCAUCGCUGAUGCUCAAGCAAUCGCUAAUGCUGGACCCAGUUAUGGCGGUGGAUACAGCAUCGCUGAUGCUCAAGCAACCGCUAACGCUGGACCUGGUUAUGGAGGUGGUUACAGCAUCGCAGAUGCUCAAGCAACCGCUAAUACAGCGCCUGUUUAUGGUGGUGGAUACAGCAUUGCUGAUGCUCAAGCAACCGCUAACGCGGGGUCUGGUUAUGGAGGUGGAUACAGCCUGGCUGACGCUCAAGCAGUAUCUAACGCCGCAAAUGGUUAUAAUGGUGCAUACAGCCUGGCGGACGCUCAAGCAGUCUCUAACGCCGCAAAUGGUUAUAAUGGUGCAUACAGCCUGGCAGACGCUCAAGCAGUCUCUAACGCCGCAAAUGGUUAUAAUGGUGCAUACAGCCUGGCAGACGCUCAAGCAGUCUCUAACGCCGCAAAUGGUUAUAAUGGUGCAUACAGCCUGGCAGACGCUCAAGCAGUCUCUAACGCCGCAAAUGGUUAUAAUGGUGCAUACAGCCUGGCAGACGCUCAAGCAGUCUCUAACGCCGCAAAUGGUUAUAAUGGUGCAUACAGCCUGGCAGACGCUCAAGCAGUCUCUAACGCCGCAAAUGGUUAUAAUGGUGCAUACAGCCUGGCAGACGCUCAAGCAGUCUCUAACGCCGCAAAUGGUUAUAAUGGUGCAUACAGCCUGGCAGACGCUCAAGCAGUCUCUAACGCCGCAAAUGGUUAUAAUGGUGCAUACAGCCUGGCAGACGCUCAAGCAGUCUCUAACGCCGCAAAUGGUUAUAAUGGUGCAUACAGCCUGGCAGACGCUCAAGCAGUCUCUAACGCCGCAAAUGGUUAUAAUGGUGCAUACAGCCUGGCGGACGCUCAAGCAGUGGCCAAUGCUGCAAACGGUUACAAUGGUGCAUACGGCAUUGCAGAUUCUCAAGCUGCUGCUAAUACUGCCAGUUAUUUAGGUCUUAGUUCGUCUAACGCUGCCGCCCAAGCAGCUGCUCAAAGCGCUUCUGGUCUUGGACAAGGACUUGGAAGUUAUAGUGACGCCAAUGCUGUUGCCCAAGGUGUCACAAACUCUCUUGGCUAUACUUCAUCUAAUGCCGCAGCUCUAGCUGCUGCCAAUGCAGCAUCUGGAUUAGGAGGAUAUGGUGGCUAUAGUGAUGCUGGUGCAGCUGCUCAGGCUGCAGCGAAUAAUGCUGGUUACGGAGGCUAUGGUUUAUCCAAUGCCGCAGCUCAAGCUGCUGCCAAUGCAGCAUCUGGAUUAGGAGGAUAUGGUGGCUACAGCGAUGCUAGUGCUGCUGCCCAGGCAGCAGCUAACAAUCUUGGAUCUUAUUCAUCCAAUGCCGCAGCUCUUGCUGCUGCCAAUGCCGCGUCUGGAUUAGGAGGAUAUGGUGGCUAUAGUGAUGCUAGUGCUGCUGCCCAAGCUGCAGCUAAUAAUCUUGGCUCUUCUUCAUCCAAUGCCGCAGCUCAGGCUGCUGCCAAUGCCGCAUCCGGAUUAGGAGGAUAUGGUGGCUAUAGUGAUGCUAAUGCAGCUGCUCAGGCUGCUGCAAAUAAUGCUGGGUAUGGCGGCUAUGGUUUAUCUAAUGCCGCAGCUCAAGCUGCUGCCAAUGCAGCAUCUGGAUUAGGAGGAUAUGGUGGCUACAGCGACGCUAGUGCUGCUGCGCAAGCUGCAGCUAACAAUCUUGGCUCCUCUUCGUCCAAUGCCGCAGCUCUAGCUGCUGCCAACGCUGCAUCUGGAUUAGGAGGAUAUGGUGGUUACAGCGAUGCUAAUGCUGCGGCUUUGGCUUCUUCUGGACUUAUAGGACUUGGUGGUUCUAGUGACGCUAGUUCAGCUGCUCAGGCUGCUGCAAAUAACGCUGGCUAUGGCGGUUAUGGCUUAUCAAAUGCCGCAGCUCAGGCUGCUGCAAACGCUGCAUCUGGUUUAGGAGGAUAUGGUGGGUAUAGCGAUGCUAAUGCUGCAGCUUUGGCUUCUUCCGGACUUACUGGGCUUAGUGGUUCCAGUGACGCUAGUGCGGCUGCUCAGGCCGCAGCAAAUAAUGCUGGCUUUGGCGGCUAUGGCGGCUAUGGUUUAUCCAAUACCGCAGCUCAAGCUGCUGCCAAUGCCGCAUCCGGAUUAGGAGGAUAUGGUGGUUACAGUGACGCUAGUGCAGCUGCUCAGGCUGCAGCGAAUAAUGCUGGUUAUGGCGGCUAUGGUUUAUCGAAUACCGCAGCUCAAGCGGCUGCCAAUGCAGCAUCUGGAUUAGGAGGAUAUGGUGGCUACAGCGACGCUAAUGCUGCAGCAUUAGCUGCAGCUAAUACUGGCGGUUAUGGUGGCUAUGGAGACGGUAAUGCUGGUGCUGCAGCUGCUGCCGCUGCCGCUGCGGCUGCAGGUGGUGGUGGUGGUUACGGUGGCCAUGGAGACGCUAAUGCAGCGGCCGCUGCUGCUGCUGCUGCAGCUGCUGGCGAUCAUGGUGGCCAUGGAGACGCUGCUGCUGCUGCCGCCGCUGCUAAUGCAGCUGGUGGUUACGGUGGCUAUGGAAGUCCUAUCAGUAUCGCACAGGCACUAGCCAAUGCUGGUAUUAUCCGAAGUGGCGAACCAGAUACUGAUUCAGAUUUAGCAGACGAUUCGUCAGAAGACCGAGCAGACUCCAGGAGAAAGAGGAACGUUGAGCAACGCAGGCUCAGACUCAGAAUGAGAGCCUAAUAAACCACAAAACUUCUGAGAAUAAACCAACACUCAUCACAAUGAUCUCUCUACAAACUUGGCAAGAUAAUGGAUUUGAUAAAGUUUAUAUAUUUUAAUCGAAGCAUCCAGAAAAUGACGAGCAAACUUUAUACUUAUAUGUAUUAUUUAUGUAAUAAAGCUACUAGUGGGAUUAA